CUCACGUCUGAACUGAACAUUUCAAGUAACAGCAUCCGGGGGAUGGCAAUCCUUUCUUCCAAGCCAAAGCAAUUGCAGAGCAAGGAAGGAAUGAGAACACGGAAUGACCAUACAAACCAGCGUACUGUGUGUAGGAGGGAGGUCUGUGCUGCGCUGCCUCUCCAGCUCUUACAAUCAGUCUCUGGUGCACUACAGGUAUCAUCAGGUGAGACUUAGUUAUCCACAUAUAGUUACUUAUUAGAGAUUUCUUAUAUAAAUGUGGCCACAAUGUCUUGUAACUACUCUUUCAUUGAUCAUAUUCAGAUAAUGAAGGUGUAUAGUAGUACGGAAUACUAAACCAAAGAUACUGUAAAAUAUCAUUAAAGACAACACAAAUCACAAACUGCGUGUGCGUGGGUGUGUGGGUGUUUAUCUAUACCUAUAAAUUAUGUCUAUAUGCAUAUCUAUUAGAACCGAGUUUGUGACAUGGUAUGACAAUGUACAGUUCGGAGGUUGACAAUAGGAUUGCCGGUUGAUUUGGUCAGAAAAGAAACAGUUAAAAAUGUAUGACUUUACUCCAUUGUAUGACUUUACUCCAUUGUCCACUCAAGUGUGACAUAUACAUCUUAUAUCUCCUCUACACAAUGCCUUGAAAUAAUGACAUGUAAGAAUGUGGUUCUUCUUCCAUUUCCCUUUAUUUUUUUUUUAUUUUUUUUAUUCAUUCUAUGUAAAGUUUUUAGUCUGUACAGUUUCUUCUUGAAGCCAAAUAUUGCUUUGCAUGGUCUGGCCAGGACUAGUCCAUCCCUUCUCAAUGCUUUGUUAAUUGAUGCAUCUGUGGCUAUUGGCUGAGGCUGCCCAGAGAUUUGCAUGAGCAGAGAGGGAGUGUCUGUGUCUUUAACACCAGGAACUAAAUGACUGCAGUUUCAUUGGGAUUAAACUACCAAGGGAAUGAAAGGAUCACACAGCACACAGGAGGACUGAGCUGGCUUCUAAAGCCUUUUAACCUGGAUAUGGGGCAACAAGCCAGUCCAACCAGGACCAAUCUAUGUCAUGUACAGCAUUUUAUGUUCCUGUGUCUAAUUGUUCCCUUAACCGGACCUGCAGUUAGUUCAGCAAGUUACAGCACAGCUUCUGAAUUGCUAUACAUGCUGCAUGAAGGUUUACCCAAAGGGAUUCUUAUUGGAAACAUUGUGCGUGAUCUGCAGCUGGGUCUUUUUACUGACCCCCCUCUUUCAUUCAGCCUGGCAUCCAAAGGGCUAAGUGGGAAGUAUGUGACACUUGAUAACAGCACGGGGGAGCUGUACACAUCAGCAGAGGAGUUGGACAGAGAAGCUCUUUGCCCGCAGAACCCUGGUGUUCAGGACUGCGUCCUCCUUCUUGACAUUAUUAUUUUGCCACAGGAAUUUUUCAAGCUUAUUAAAGUAAAGAUUGCCAUCCUCGAUGUGAAUGAUAAUGCUCCUGUAUUUCCAGUGGCACAGAUUUAUAUUACUGUCCCAGAGAAUGCUCCUGUUAAUACCAGACUGGUUAUAGAGCAUCCUGCUUAUGACCCCGAUGGAGGACUGAAUGGGGUCCAGACCUACAGGUUAGUGGACUACUAUGGUGUUUUUACAUUAGAUGUGGAAGAGAAUGAGAUUGGGGAAAGGACACCUUACCUUAUAAUAAUGGGGACCUUGGACAGAGAAGUCAAAUCUGAGUACAAGACGAUAAUUAUUGCUGAAGAUGGCGGCAACCCACCCCUUGUAGGAUCUGCCACACUUUCUAUUCUCAUUAGCGAUGUCAAUGAUAAUUGUCCACAGUUCAGUGAAUCUACUAUUAACGUGACUAUUCCUGGAAACUCAAGUGUUGGUACAAAGGUAACCAAGCUGCGAGCUGUGGACAUUGAUCUAGGCAACAAUGCAAUAAUAACAUACUCUUACAGUGAACGUGUUCCGCAGUCCUCAAAAGAACUUUUUUACUUGGACGAAAAUACAGGAGUAAUAAAGCUUUUCAAAAAGAUAGAUGGCAGCACUAUUCAACAACAUAAAUUGACUAUACUUGCCAAUGGCGCAGGCUGCAUUCCAGCUGUUAUGAAUGUGCUUAUUUUUAUUAUUAAAGUGGCGCUCCGGCCACCUGAAAUUUUACCUCGCUACAUUGCAAAUGAAGAAAAAGGUAUUGUCUUUUUGAAAGAGUUAGAACCUAUUAAUUCUCCUAUUGCAUUUUUUACUAUCAAAGAUCCUGAUGGCAAAUACAAGGUGAAUUGUUAUUUAGAAGGAGAAGGACCAUUCCGACUUAAUGCAUACAAAACUUAUACAAAUGAAUAUUUGCUUGAGACUACAAAUACUUUAGAUUAUGAAACAAAACAAAUAUAUAAUAUUUCAGUAGUUGCACUCAGUGUGGAUGGGUCAAAAGUUAGGAAACCUUUACAAGUGUACAUAUUGGAUGAGAAUGACAAUGCCCCUGUUUUUACACAACCCACUAUUGAAGUUACUAUAGAAGAAAACAACCAAGUAAAUGCAUUUUUGGCUAAACUACAUGCUACUGAUGCCGACAGUGGAGAAAGGGGUCAAGUUUUGUACUAUUUGGGACCCGAUGCACCUGCUUAUUUUUCCCUUGAUAAACAAACAGGAAUUCUUACAGUUACAACUAUGCUGGAUCGAGAGGAAAAAGAAAAAUACAGGUUCACAGUCAAAGCAAGAGAUAUUGGCCAACCUCCAAGAGAGUCAGUAGCCACGGUUCAUAUUACAGUUCUAGACAAAAACGACAACAGCCCUCGUUUCAUCAGCAAGGAUUUUAGUUUUUUUGUUCCUGAGAACUUUCCGGGCUUUGGUGAAAUUGGAGUUAUCAGCGUCACAGAUGCUGACUCUGGACAGAAUGGCUGGGUAGCCCUUUCUAUAGUGAAUGGAAGUGACAUUUUUGUCAUCGACACUGGCAAAGGCCUCCUGAGAGCAAAAGUAUCACUGGAUAGGGAACAACAGAGUUCUUAUACCCUUUGGGUGGAAGCUACUGAUGGGGGUGACCCUACUUUAUCUUCUACUGCUAAAAUAACCAUAUUGCUUCUGGAUGUUAAUGACAACCCCCCACUGGUGUUAUUCCCACAGUCCAAUAUGUCAUAUCUUCUUGUCCUGCCUUCAACUGUGCCUGGUUCACCUGUUACUGAAGUGUAUGCUGUUGAUAAGGACACAGGAAUGAAUGCAGUCAUAGCCUACAGUAUUAUAGGAAGGAGGGGGCCUAAACCUGAAUAUUUUAGAAUAGAUUCUAAAACAGGAAACAUAACGUUAGAAGAGGCCUUAAUGAGGGAUGACUAUGGCUUAUAUAGGUUACUAGUGAAAGUAACCGACCAUGGUUAUCCGGAACCGCUCUUCUCCACAGUUAUGGUCAAUUUGUUUGUCAAUGACACUGUAAGCAAUGAGAGCUACAUUGAAAGCUUGUUAAGAAAAGACCCUGAUAUUAAUAUAGAAGAGAAGGAGCCCCACAUUGCAAUCGAACCUACUCAUAAAAAGAUGGAAGCAGAUUCCUGUGUCCCUACACUGGUUACUUUGUCCAUUUUCUGUUUGGGCUCUGUCAUUCUGGUUACUCUAAUGGCAAUGUAUAUAUGUCUGAGAAAAGGAAAGAAAGAUCAUAGGAUAAAUGAAAAUAUGGAAGUACAGAUUCCACUUAAUGGCAAAAUAGAUUUCCAUUUACUCGAUAAAAAGCCAAUAGAUAUUUCUAACAUUUAAAACAUUUUUCUGAAUCACUACAUUUUGGAGGAUGGAAAAAUACAAAUAACACAAUGUGUUGGUAAUGGUUAUCAAUGAAGGACCACUAAUUUAUAACAUAUAGUAAUAUAUAUGUAAAUAUCUCUUUACAGCUUUUUUACUUAAAGCAACAAAACUUGUAAAGAAUUUUUAUACAUAAUCCAUAUAGCACUACUACUUACUGAAGUCAUAUGUUUGGUACACAUUUACAACGUAAUGUCACAUACCUUAGAAAACGAAUGCAUCAGAGUAACAUUAGUUGUCUGAUCAACUGUUAGCCAGUAGGGGGGCCAGAACACUUCUGAAAUAAAGGUAUAAGAUAUAUAUAUUUUUUUUUAUGUUGUCAUAAUGCCAUUUGCAUAAAGUAAAUGUAACCCUUCUAUAUUUCUAUGGAAAUGAAAAAAAAAUACACAUUUGAUACACUGAAUGUAUGUUUUUGUACCUCAAGCUGUAAAGGAUAGAUUCAAAAAGGGAUUAACAAGAAGUGCAAUUGAUUUUAGAGCAAAGCUUCACUAGACAUGAUGCUAGGGGUUCUGUAUCUUUGACUGUGCUGGUUGCAUUAAUGAGAGGUUUCUUCUUCACUGUGUUUAGUGUGUGUGUGAGUGUGAUAUAUCAUCCACAGUAUUUGGCUUAUUUUUUUGUCUAAUGUGGUAUAUGCACUUACUUGACAAUCAUAACACACAAUGCUUGUCUCUGUGAAUUUUCACUUUUAUAUUAACAAAGCAUUGGCUCUGUUUACACGCCACUGGAAACGUCUAAAUGGGCCAGAUUAAUUUCCCAGUGUUUAGCUUGCAUCCAGCAUGAUAUACAUUGUAGGUUGGAGAUAUAGCACAGUGAUAUAUUCUUUAUUUAUUCAUUCUCUUUAGCAGUAUCCUUUGUUCUUUAGCUCUGCUGGGAUGUAAUUCAAACAUAACUUUUAAGUGUAGGGAUAGCUUUUCCACAGUGGCAGAUUUAGCAAUACCUUUUAUGGAGUGGUAUAAUAUUUAUUUGCUAAGGGUUGUUAAACAUUAGAAUCCCCAGACUCUAUUGGGAUCAGCAGACUCUGAUAUUACUCAAAUGAAUUUCAUUUCUCAAUAUUGAGUUGUGUAGUUGACACGAAGCCAGCCUCAAGUCUGUUUCCUAAGACGUCAAAUGUAAGCACUGAAUGUCCAUGUGAUAUUUCAUUGUAAAUAGCAAGCAAAAUGCAAUUUUUUAAUACUGAGAAAACAAGAUAGGAAAACAAAUAUCAAUGGAUUUACAGCAUCAUGUCUGUUCUGUACCAAAACUGUUUAUAUGUCUUUAAAUUAAAGCUAUA